AUGGUGUCGCCUUACUUCGCUCUUUCUCACUCAAUUAUAGAGAUUUAAAAUCAAUAUUCAUAAAUUGAUCUUACAAAUGAACAUUUCAAAACAGUUAACAUAUAAACUGGAGGGAGAAUUAUUGGAAGAAGAAAGGCUUCAGGCAAUCUGUUAUUCUUAGAUCUCUAGUCUAAUGGAAAUAAUAUUUAAAUCAUGCUCGACAGUAGCAAAAUGCUAUUAAAUUAAGAAGAAAGCUUUAAAGAUAUUGCUGAGGCAUGUCAAAGAGGAGCUAUCGUGGGUAUUUAAGGUUAUCCUGGUAGAACGAACGCAGGAGAAUUCACUAUUAUCGCUCAAAAAUUUAACUUGCUUACUCCUUGCAAUGUCAAUAUGCCUAUGAUGAAUUGGAGCCACAAAAAGACUCUCAAAGAUUCAGAGCAAAGAUUCCAAAAGAGAUAUCUAGAUUUAAUAGCUAACAAUGAACUUAAAUAAUUUUUUGUUACCAGAGCAAGAAUAGUAAAAUUCCUAAGAAGAUAUUUAGAAGACUUAGAAUUUUUAGAAGUUGAAACUCCUAUUUUAAAUGCCUAGGCUGGAGGUGCUCUAGCUAAACCGUUUGAAACCGAAAGUUAAAUUUUGCGAUAAAAACUUGAGUUGAGAAUAGCCCCAGAGCUAUUUCUGAAAAAGCUAAUUAUAGGAGGUUUUGAGCGAGUUUAUGAAUUAGGUAAGGUAUUUAGAAAUGAGGGAAUAGACGCUACUCAUAAUCCAGAAUUCACAUCCCUUGAAUUUUAUAUGGCUUAUGCCGAUUAUCGUGAUUUAAUAACUCUAACUGAAGAUCUAUUAAGUAAAUUAUCUAAAGAACUUUAUGGAACGGAUCAUGUAUUGAUACCAUAAUUUGAUAUGGAUCAGAAAUUGAUUACCAAAGGGGAUAAAGCUGGCGAGUAAGUAAAAGAGACUAAAGUACUUGAAAUUAAUUUUAAAGGUCCAUAUAAGCAAUUUGAUGUCUGCUCAGAGCUAGGUUUAGAUCCUGCAUUAUUAGGCAAAAGUGCUUAAGAACUUAGGAAAUUUCUUUUGCCAAAGGUUUAUGGAAUCGGUGAAAGGAAUCUUAAUCCUGAUUCGCUAAAUGAAAAGUAGCUUAUUGAUAAAUUGAUUGAGUAUCAUAUAGAAUCUAAGUGCCUUUAACCAUCUUUUAUUACAAAUCAUCCAAUGAUCAUGAGUCCUUUAGCAAAGACUCAUGCCUAAGGAAAAUAUGGAAAUUAAAUAUACGGAGAUAGCGCUCAAUAUUUAUCUGAGAGAUUUGAGUUAUUCAUUAAUAAAAAAGAGAUUAUAAAUUCAUACAGUGAGUAAAAUGAUUCUGAAAUGUAAAGGAAAGGUUUUUCCUUGCAAACCACUAUGGGCGAUGAAGGCCAUUAAGAUGAGGAGCUUCAUAGAUCAGAUGAAGACUUCUUAGAGGCAUUAAGUUAUGGAAUGCCUCCAACAGCCGGCUGGGGUUGUGGAAUUGAUAGACUUUGUAUGCUAAUGUGCGGUAUAAGUCACAUUAGAGAAAUUAUUCUAUUUCCCAUGUUUAGAACUUCUGUAUUAUCCUAAGGAAAAGAAGUUAAAAAAGAUAAAGAUCAAAAUUUAAAGAAAUCAACAUGA